UUUAUCAAACUUGAAUACUUGCAACAUUGAAGGACAAGUUUUGGGGGCUAGUACAGGGCUGAGAUUACAUAGCAGCGAUGGCAUCUAUCACAAUGACAGCAACAUUCCUUGGCAGCUCAGCCGUGACCAACCGGUCUCCGGUGGCAUCCCAGAGGAGGCUCGUGGUGGCUAGUGCUGCCAGAACAGUUGAAGGAGAAAAGGGGAAGGUUAAUUAUGAGAAUAAGGAGGGCAGCAAUGGAAGGAGGAACAUGAUGUUUGCUGCUGCUGCAGCAGCAGCUGUUUGCUCUGUUGCUGGGAUGGCUUUGGCAGACCAGCCCAAACCUGGUACCCCCGAAGCUAGGAAAACCUAUGCUCCUGUUUGUGUCACCAUGCCAACAGCUAAGAUUUGUCACAAAUGAGGGCCUUGGGCUUAUGAAAAGUUCAAUGAGGGAUGUAAUGUUUCUAUUCAUAUGACGAUCCUUUGACUCUAUGUACUAUUUGUUCAUGAAACAAACAACUUUGCCUUAUGUCUGCUAUCGUUGGUUUAAUGCUCCUUACUCGACUAAGGAAGUGGUAUAGUAGAAAUUUUAUAGCCUGUCUUUUCCUUUUUUGCGUAGAGCGUUUGAAGCUGAACGAGAUACAUUACUC